GCCUGGGCAACAUACUGAGACCACGUCACUACAAAAUAUAAAAAUAAUUUUUUUUAAAAAAAGAGCAGAGAACUUGCUCACAUUCUCUCCUACAAUGCAUGCAUAAAGAGGUCAAGUGUGGAAACAGCAAGAAGGCUGCUGUCUGCAAGCCAAGAAGAGAGCCCUCGCCAGAAACCAAAUUAUCCAGACCCUGGAUAUUGGAUUUCCAGCCUCCACAAUGCUCCUUGAGGUGCAAUUGCAUUACAUUUCUACAGACCAGUACUGUGCCAGAUUGAUGACCAGCCAAUACUUGAGUGUUUAUGAUAUGGCAGCAGCUGUUUAACCACCUAAAAGUACUUUAGACCUAGCAUACCCACACUUCCUAUAAGAAAGCCCUUCCACAUCCAGAAUUAUAUUCUUGGGGAAAAAAGCAACACUCAGACAAAUGCUUGAAGAUAGGCUGGAGUACAAUGGCACAAUCAUGGCUCAUUGCAGCCUCAAACACCCAGACUCAAGUGAUCGUCCCGCCUCAGUCUCCCAAGUAGCUGGGACUACACGUGUGAGCCAUCUUGCCCAGACCAUAAGUGGACAAUUUUUUAAAGAAAGGUCUCCUUAUGCAGAAGCAAGCAAACAGCAAACCAGACUGACUUUAUUUUACACAAAGAAAAUCACAAUUAUGGCUAUAACCAGCUGCAGAUUUCACAAGAAUGAGAUUAAAUGGCUUUUUACAUCCUGUAUUUGGAAAGAGAAUAGAAGGAUUUACGGGAAGUUAUGCUCAGUUCCAAUCCAGUUAAACAGCAGGACAAGCCGCAGACAAAACCCCUCAGACACUGAGUUAAAGAAAGAAGGACUUUAUUUGGCCGGGAGCUUCGGCAAGACUCAUGUCUCCAACAACCGAGAUCCCCAAGUGAGUAAUUCCUGUCCCUCUUAAGGGCUUACAACUCUAAGGCGGUCCGUGUGAGAGGGUCGUGAUUGACUGAGGAAGCAGGGGGUACAUGACUCGGGGGCUGCAUGCUCCGGUAAUUAGAACGGAACGGAACAGGACAGGGAUUUUCACAGUGCUUUUCUAUACAAUGUCUGUAAUUUAUAGAUAACAUAACCGAUUAAGUCAGGGGUCGAUCUUUACCAGGCCCAGGGUGUGGUGCCGAGCUGUCUGCUUGUGGAUUUCAUUUCUGCCUUUUAGUUUUUACUUCUUCUUUGGAGGCAGAAAUUGGGCAUAAGACAAUAUGAGGGGUGGUCUCCUCCCUUAAAAUCCUAAUGCUCUCCUCCAAAAAUGUGUAUCCACAUAUUUGCAUAUAAUUUCAUGGGAUUCAAAACCCCUGAAAUUUAUCCAGGAACCCCCAGAUUAGUAACACCUGGACUAGAUGUUGUCUAAGUCCUCUGAGCUCUAUAAUUGGUUCCACUGAUUUCUAAGUUUUGGGUUUUUUCUUUUUUUUUCUUUUUAAAGUAAAACCACUUUGAGUUAUGUUCAUGGUGCUUACACCAUGGUUUCCAUUCUAGAACCAACUAUAUUCUAAAAUUCCUGGUUGGAACAAAAGUUACUUAAGCAAGUAAAAGUGUGACAGUCUGGUAACAGAUUCUAAAUAAUCACCUUUUUAUGGUGAUAAGCUCAAAUUUAUUUUAAAAAAUGUAUUAAACAAGUAUUAAUACUUCUCAAACAGCAGUUGAGAUGUCCCUGGGAUAAGGAGACAGGGCACCAGGGACAUUCCAGAAGUAACAAUAUACAAAGCAUGAUUUUGAAAGUUUUAGCGGUUUUUAAUUUGUGGAUGAGGGUGUAACACUUUUGCAUUAAAAUGAACAGAUAUGUUGUGGAGUAAAAUGCAUAAAGGCACGUUUUUAAAGAUAAAAUGUGAAACUUAAAAUGUCCUGCUUACUAAUAUCUUGUCUCACGUCCAGAGGACACUUACUUCACACUCCUCUAAUCUUAGUGGUUCUCUGGUGGAAACUUACACAUUACAAAAAAAGUAAUCUAUUCUAAAUCCUAAAAUAAUUUGACUUUUUGUAACACAAUGAAGAUAACGAGCACAAAGUGAAAGAAAGAAUGACUUUUUUUUUGAGACAGAGUCUCACUCUUGCCCACGCUGGAGUGCAGCGGCGGGAUCUCAGCUCACUGCAAUCUCUACCUCCCUAAUUCAAGCGAUUCUCCCGCCUCACCCUCCCGAGUAGCUGGGACUAUAGGCGCCCACCACCACACCCAGCUAAUUUUUGUAUUUUUAGUAGAGACGGGGUUUCACCGUGUUGGCCAGGAUGGUCUCGAUCUCUUGACCUCGUCAAAGUGCUGGGAUUACAGGCAUGCGUGAGCCACUGCGUCCGGCCAUUUUAUUUUAUUUUUUGAGACAGAGUCCUGACCUCAAGCAAUCCGCCUGCCUAGGCCUCGCAAAGUGCUGGGAUUACAGGAGUGAGCCACCGCGCCCAGCCAAGAAAGAUUUUGGAAGAGUGAAUGAAUACAAGGAUUUCCACUAGACUGAGAAUUAGUUUGUCAACAGCAUUUCAGUGUCUUGAGAAGUGUUUACAUUUGGCGUGGACAAAGCUGGCAGAUGACGUAGAAAGUAAAAAGUUUCCUCUUCAAAGUUUCCCUUCUUGUUAAAGAAUAAAUCAUAAAUGUUAGAAACAAUAGUUUCUUUUAAAGACUAACUUACUUCAAGCCUCCUUGCUUUGUGCUAAUAACUCUGUUAAGCCCUAUUGUAUGUAACUGCGGGACAUGCUCACAGGCACGUUCCAGCUCACAGCCUGUUUAGCAAAUCGGGUAUCAGUUUAAGAUUGUAAGGUCCAGCCCUAGCCAACGGAUGCAGGACACAGCAGUAAGGACAACCCAAAGGCGUAAGGGACAAAUAUGUCUGCUUUUCCUUUGUUCAGGUGUGCUCUCACCAUCGUUCCAUCUGCAAUUGAGCACCCUUUCUGCAUAAAGUAAAAAUUGCCUUGCUGAGAGAUCUUUUGUCUCCAUGCUGACUUUUCUUCGUGUCACCAAUUAUCUAUUUCUAACAAUAACAAGGUCUUUUCUGCACUGCAGUGACAACCAAAGCAUCCCAAAUGAAAUCAUUUCUGCAAGACCCAAACUAGCCUCUAUUAACACGUACUAACAAUUCAGAACACCAGAGAAGAAAAGUUAUUGGAAACAAAAGGGUCUAAGCGCUGAAGCACUGUAUCGCACUUGAAAUGGAGGCUUAAGAUUUCCAAGGAUGGACUAUGCAUCUUGUUUACCAAAUGACCUACUACGGUGUUUGUGAGAACUAUACGAACCAAGAUUUACUCUAUUGGGAGCUUGUAGGAAAGCUGUAAUGUCUAAGACAUACCUGAAUCUCUAAACCUUAUUAAAUAAAACUUUUAUUUUCUUUGAAAGGGGGCCUGGCUCGUCCCCCAGACUGGAAUGCAGUGGAGCGAUCUCGGCUCACUGCAGCCUCGACCUCCUGGGCUCAAGCAAUCCUCCCACCUCAGCCUUCCG